AUGCAGCAACCACCGAACGGAGGAAAUGGAGGAAAUGGGUCGGGGAAGGAUAAUCAGGGGCAUCAUGUCAGCCAAGGCGAAUACUUCACCGAGGAAGAUGUUCGACGGACGAGCACAGCAUCGACUCGACUCCCCUCGUUGCUCGAAGCAGCAGAGUCACCGCAGCCUCUUGCACGCCCUACAGAGGUAGCAGCAGACAUUCCACCACCACCACCAGCAGCUGCUCUUAGUCCCAUCAGCGAGCGGCCGCCUGCACUUCAUCCCCAACCAGCACCACAAGAACCACAAGUUCAGCCUCGUCGACCAUCACAACAGCCCGAUCUUGUGUCCCACCGCCCAGCUCCCCCUCCUCCCACCCGACAGAGUCAAGGUCAAAACAUUCCAUUCCAGCCCACUCGUCAAGAAUCCGCUAUCCGUCUCCGAAGACUACGCACUUCAUCCGAGAGCAGCUCGAGGCUAGGGCCGUCAGUCAUCUCGGGUCAGAGACGCCCUUCUCACCCACAAUUCGCAUCUCAAUCCCGAGAUGCCCCGGCACCUUUGGCGGCAACAGGUCGACGUCGUUCCAGCUCUGACCCCCAGCGGCCACUCAGCGCCAGACACUGGGCUGAUGAUCAGCCUAUCAUGCACAAAUCGACACCUCUAGUCCCUGAACAUGAGGGCGGAGAGGUGCCACAGCCCCCAGCUGCUCAUCUCUCCCCCAUCAAUGAAAGUGUUCUGGCCCAGCCAUCUAUCAAAGUCGAGCCAGAGCACCCAGGUCUGCGCCACCAGGGUACCUUUCGAAACCUGAUGCCACGUCGUCGCCGUGCAGAGAACCAGGCCAGCCCUGAGGAUGCUCAGCCACAGGCAGAACAUGACACGUACGACUCGCGCAUUGUAGACUUUCUGGAUGUUAUUGACCCAGAAGUUGCCGCCUUGUCGUCCAUCACCAAUGUUCAAAACUCCCUCUUCGUUCCUUCCCUGGGUAGAUUCGUCAACCGAAGACCGACAUAUGAUCUCUCCCAGCUACCAGUUCUACCACCCAACCUGCCCGGCACCUCGCCCCCUUCCCAAGAGGAUGUUCAUACUAUCCGAACGACCAGAACGGCCACGACUGCAGGCGAGGGCGAGACAGAAGAUGAAAGCGCGCAUCAGCGCCCAAGUCCACCUCAUGUUCACAGUUUCUCGACCGUUUUGACUGCUCCUCAGUAUGCCAUCCUGCCCAAGGACGCUACUCUGGAGGGAUGGCGCGAAGAAGACAUCCGGAUGCUCAACGACUAUGUCCGGCAUAUGCUCCACUCAAAGCGUUCCAAGUUCAAGCAGCGCAUGAAGGCAUUCGGAAAGUACUGCAGGCGGCCUCUGGGCUUUCUUGUCACCCUCUAUGCUGUUUUGAUCACUCUGUUUGGUCUUGCUUGGGUUCUCUUCCUGAUCGGUUGGAUCUACGUCGGCGACAAACAGCUGUACGUCAUCAAUGUCAUUGACAAUGUCCUUGUCGCUUUAUUCGCUAUUGUCGGUGAUGGCCUUGCCCCCUUCCGGGCGGUCGACACAUACCACAUGAUCUUUGUGGCUCGCUAUCACCUCAAGACGAUCAAGCUUCGCAACAGGUUGUUGGUUCCUUUGAAGGAUCCCAAUGACGUGCCUCUGCAAACCCAGGCCGCCCUCGAACAAGCAGAUGUUGAGCGCGCCCCCGUAGACCCUCACAUGACAGAGGUCCGGCAUGACGAUACCUUCAUCCCCGUUCUCUCCGAGAAAUCACAAGCUAGAUUCAUCCACCAUCAAAAGAAGCUGGCCAAGUCGCACACCUUUUACAAGCCUCACGAAACGGGAACCCACCACGCCUUUCCUAUCGGCUUGCUCAUUGCCAUUGUUUGCUUGUUGGACUUGCACAGUUGUCUCCAGAUCACUCUCGGUUCUUAUACCUGGUCUACCGACUACCGCACUAGAAAAAGUGCAGUGACCACCGCUGUCCUUUGCUGCUCCAUUGCUGCCAACAGUACUGCCGGUUUGCUCAUUGCCAUCGGCGAUAGGCGUACUCGCAAGAAGGAUGUCUUGGAGAGACUACUGAAGCAGGAGCUCACGGCUGAAGUGAUGCACAAAAUGGAGAAGGAGCGGGAGAAGAAGGCCAAGCAAGAGGCUGGGGAACCUACCGGUAUCAUGCAACCGGCUUUGACGUUGACGAACAAGUUCAGAAAGAGUGAAGAUCGUGGAGUCAGAAAGAGUGAAGAUCAUGGAGUCAGAAAGAACAUGGAUCAUGGCACUAGCAAGGCUAGCAGCAGCUCAGAAAGCUCUCGUACGGACAGGAAGGAGACAGCAGGUCGGUUCAACCCUACCGUUUCAGCAGCUCAGGUUCAGGACCAAGAGAAGCAGCAGGGAGCUCGGAACGGCACUGCGUAAUGUGGGAGGUCAAAAGAGUUU